AUGGAGUCGGGGUCUGCUGUUCAUAUUCAUCCUGUCGUGUUGGCAUCUAUUGUAGAUGCGUAUGAAAGACGUAUGGAAGAGUCUGAACGCGUUAUUGGCACUCUUCUUGGAACGUGGGGAAAGGGGAUAAUUGAAGUCACUAACUGUUUCAGUGUUCCACAUAAAGAGUCCGAAACUGAAGUAUCCAUGGACUUCGAAUUCGGGAAAAGCAUGGCCGCAUUAGAACGUAAAGUUAACCGCAACCAUAGCAUCGUCGGAUGGUACGCAACAGGAAACGAAAUCACAGAGCAUUAUAAGUUAAUCCAUCAGGAAUAUUACAUGCAACAGUCGAAAAAUGCAAUAUUUUUGCUGGUGGAUACGAAUAUGACUUUCGGUGACAAAAUGGCUCUUAAGGCUUAUCUAUGCAGGCAGAUGGGCAUUCCAGGCGGAAUACGAGGAUUUAUCUUCGUACCAGUUGAGGUUGAAGUUGAGUGUUAUGGAGCAGAGAGAUGUGCUGUUGAGAUGAUGGUUUCUUCUGUCGACCCUAGAAGUAAAUUACAGCCGGAACUCGGAGAUGAUAUGGUCUAUCUGUGCCAACUCUCACAACAUCUGCUUACAAUGUUGGAUCAAGUUAUUCGAUACGUUGAGAAUGUUAUCGAUGAGAAAUGUCCAGCUGAUCCGAAAAUUGGACGAUCUAUUGCUCAGUUAAUUUUUUCAAUCCCGAAGCUAGACCCUGAUCAUUUGGAGCAAUUGAUCAAUUCGAGUUAUAAAGAUUUACUAAUGGUCACUUAUCUCACAAAUCUUAUCCGAACUCAUUUGAAGAUUUUAAAUUUAUCCCAAUGA